CACAACAGCAAGCCAAUAGUUAAAACUCGAGUUUGAACUCCGAACUCGAGACCGAGGAGUGAAGCAGCUUACCAGAGAAAACCCUAGAGAGUAAGUGAGAGAUGAAGGCAUCACUGAAACUCCGAGAAGAUCAAAAGCAGCCAACUCUAAACCAACCACAAAACCAAACCGAAAAUAAUCCAAAAUCUCAAUAUCAAAAUCCACUUCUGAGAGCAAAAAUCCCGAUUAGUGUAUUAGGGUUUCCAUUUCUAUCAAUACUCACAGCAGGAGACUCCUCAGAUCUUUCAUUUGGUAUUCGUACUAAUUCAAUCAAUGGUCCAUCUCUCAAAUUCUCUUACUCACCCAACAUAUCAUCAACAACUCAAACCCCAUUUUCAAUCUCUUUGAAAUCUGGUGUGGGUUUCUUUGGUUCUCCUCAAAAUUCACCUCUUAUCAUGUCUGCUCAGUUUAAUCUUUUUGGUAACCCUAACCCUAGUUUUUUUCUUCAAAUCAAACCCCAAUUUGGCGACUUUUCAUUAAAAAAGACUGCUGUUUCUGCUCCUUUAACUAACCCUAACCCUAAAACCCCUUCAUUUACUAAAGAAAAUGGUGAAAAAAACCAUUUCACUGAUGAUAUUGGUGUUAUGUUAGAGCGACCAUUGGUUUGGAAAGAAUUGACUGAAUUUCGUAAUGGUGGUGAUGGGGUUUUCUCUGGUGUUGAAGUUAGGGCAAAAACCCUUUUGCCUAUUACUAAGAAGGCUGUUGUUAAAUGUCGAUGGGGAGUGAAUUUUCCGCCAGAUUUUGGCCAGAAGCAAAGGAUGCCUUUUUUAACUGUUGAUAAGAUUGCAGUGGAGCGAGUUGAGGAGAAGGUGGAAGUGAAUUCUCAGAAGAAGAAGAAUAAGGAUGGGAGUGAGGGAGAUUUGGAAGUGUUGAAAGGAUUGUGUUUAUGGAUGCAAAAUGAAGUUGAGGGUUUGAAAAGAGAGAAUAGAAUAUUGAAGGAGAGUGUUGAUGAAUUGAAUUUGGGAGGUUCGACAUUGAAAAGUCGCAGAGGAAGUGGAAGUGCUAGCAAAAAUGUGGUAUCCUCAUCCUCGCCAUCUACACCUGGGUUUGAGCAGUGGAGAAAUAAGAAGAAUGGUGGAGAAGAAAAGAACUCCAGUGGUUCUGAGAGUUCGAAAGAUGAAGUGGGAGAGGAAUUGAAGAGAGCUAUAAUGGCUGCCAAAGGGGAAAAUUAGCCGUCUUCAGAGCGAUGAAUUUGCGGACUUUAAGUGAUGAUUGAACAUCUCCUUAUGAUGCUGUUAUAUGUUACAAAGGUGGAUUCUAUGCAGUGGAUACCAAUGGAAAGAGCUGUAGCUGUUAACCCUUCUAUAAUCAUUUCAGAAUUUGCAUAUCCUGUGUUUGGUGGAAUCAGAUGGAGAGCUGUUAAUGGUUGACAAAUAUCUAAGCACCGAUAAUGAUCACAAUGAUGGUUCUCUUGUUGCGCAGAGUGAUCUGUAUAUUUCAGAGUCUACAGUCUAUUUAAAAGUCCACAAGCUAAAUUAAGACUUGCAGCACUGGGUCGAAUUGUGGAAAGCUUGGAUGAUCAUGUUUUGUUCUUAGGUGACAAUUGCUCAUUUUCUGCCUCAGCUCCUGAUUUUUCAGGAUAUAAAGGAAAUUGCAUAUACUAUAGAAAUAAAUCCGUCUGCACAAGCACUGAAAAAGAUGGUGUGUUUGGCGCAGUAUUGGUCCUCUAGUGUCUAAUUCAGGGUGUUCACAGUUGUUCUGGCUUCCACCAGCUUGGAUUUCAAAUGUAACAAUCUAAGAUAUGUUCCUUCCUUUGGUUUGUUCUGCACAUCUUAAGUUCUUUUAUUCUUCUUCUGAUGAAUCAAUCAGUUCUUAUUGAUUUGGUUCAAAUUCUCAAAGACUACGAAAAUUAGAUUCUGCAGAUAUAUCACUAAAUAUUUUAUGAUAUUAAGCUAGUACCAGUCAUGAACUGGUCUUAAUUUU